AUGGCUCAAGAAGGAUUCUUACUGCCACCAAACGUGCAUCCCUAUACAAGUCGAUGGUAUCCACAUCCCGCUAAAGAUGAGCCAUAUGAAGAGUAUGUUGACCAUGCGAUGAUCGAGUGGCAAGGAGAUGAGCGUGAAUUCACCCGUGCUCUGCUAGGCAUAUGUGAGGCAUGUAUACUUCAACAUACCAAUGAAAUCAGUUUCCCCAAAUCAUCGCUCAUAGCCUCAUACGCUCAUUACGUCAAUACAGAUACCCCCUUCCCCUCUAUAACGGUCAGCAAUACAACUGCUACUGAUCUUCUUGAGAAAGCUCUUGAGCUUAAAUUUGGUGCAACAUCAGCGAAAAAAUACGGGUUUGAUGCUUUAGAAACGAAAUCUAAAAAUAAUAAUGAAGAAGAGAAGGAACGGUGA